AUAUCUUUUUUUUAAGGUAGUGGCAUGGAUCAUUAAACCAGUCAGUAUCUGGUGUGACCACCAUUUGCCUCAUGCAGCACAACACAUCUCCUUUGCAUAGUUGAUCAGACUGUUAAUUGUGGCCUGUGGAAUAUUGGCCCAUUCCUUUUCAAUGGAUGGGCGAAGUUGAUGGAUAUUGGCGGGAACUGGAACAUGCUGUCGUACACUUCGAUCCAGAGCUUCCCAAACGUGCUCAAUGGGUGACAUGUCUGGUGAGUAUGCAGGUCAUGGAAGAACUGGGACAUUUUCAGCUUCCAGGAAUUGUGUACAGAUCCUUACGACAUGGGGCUGUGUAUUAUCAUGCUGAAACAUGAGGUGUUGGCGGCGGAUGAAUGGCACGACAAUGGGCCUCAGGAUCUCGUGACGGUAUCUCUGUGCAUUCAAAUUGCCCUCGAUAAAAUGCACUUGUGUUCAUUGUACAUAGCUUAUUCCUGCCCAUACCAUAACACUACCAGCCACCAUGGGGCACUCUGUUCACAAAGUGGACAUCGGCAAACCGCCUGCCCACACAACGCCAUACACGUAGUCUGCGGUUGUGAGGCCGGUUGGACGUACUGCCAAAUUCUCUAAAACGACGUUGGAGGUGUCUUAUGGUAGUGAAAUUAACAUUCAAUUAUCUGGUAACAGCUCUGGUGGACAUUACUGCAGUCAGCAUACCAAUUGCACACUCCCUCAAAACUUGAGACAUCUGUGGCAAUGCGUUGUGUGCCAAAACUGCACAUUCUAGUGGCCUGUUAUGGUCCCCAGCAAGAGGUAAUGUGUAAUGAUCAUGCUGUUUCAUCGGCUUCUUGAUAUGCCACCAUUGUCAAGUGGAUGGAUUAUUUUGGCAAAGGAGAAAUGCUGACUAACAGGGAUGUAAACACAUUUGUGCACAAUAUUUGAGAGAAAAUAAGCUUUUUUUGCGAAUGGAAAAUUUCGGGAAUCUUUUAUUUCAGCUCAUGCAACAUGGACCCAACACUUUCCAUGUUGCGUAUAUAUUUUUGUUCAGUGUAUGUUUGACGAGGGAAUAACAGGAAGGAAAUUUGACCUGCGUGCGCUGAGCACUGAGCAGCACUCACACCCCCUGCUGCGCUGCGAAGGAAGGUUCUACUGUAGUCAGUAUUAUAGCUUCGUAUUGUAUGCGUUCUCGGAUAAUUUCUCCACUUUGAAUUCAUUCCUCGGGAGCGCACAGCGCAGUGUCGCAAUACAACUGCUCUAGUUAUUUAAUGUGGCAUGAAUAUAAAACGGACCUGAUAAAAAGCUUGUUGAACGAGCUGAUAAACGUCAUUCCCGCACAUUUUUCGGUCAAUAAGAUGCUUGACACACAGUAGCCAAAGUUAACUCAACUGGCCUGUUUAUUCGGACUGCAACCUAUCAUCGAAAAUUACUUGGUUGACAGUGUGACAAAACGGAUCCUCCGCCGACUGUCACCCAAGAAGCUAUACGACCCGGACCCGCCAGAGGAGCGUGAAAAAAACAGAACUAUCGGAGGCUGUUGUCUCAAAGAGGUAGCUUGCAGUGAUGUCCAAGGCAACGAAGUCAGCCUCCAAGUCUCGGUCCCACUCCCGCUCCAGAAGCAGCUCACGAUCCAGAUCUCGGAAACAUCGCUACAGCUCUAGGUCCCGCACUCGCUCGCGCUCCAGAUCUCAUUCUCCAUCCCACAAUAACCGAGAACGGAACUACCCAAGGGAGUACCAGAAUAAUAACCGCGAGUUCCGGGGCUACCACCGAGGCUUCCGGAGGCCCUACUACUUCAGAGGCCGAGGGAGUGGCUACUUCCCACGGGGGCGCUUCCAGAGGGGUGGGGGAGGCGGCUAUAACAACUACCGCCCCAAUAACUGGCAGAACUACAGGCAGCACCCCCAACAGCAGCAGCAGCAACAACAACAGCAGCAGCAGCAACAACCCCACAGCCCUAGACGGGGACGAUCCCGUACCCCUAAAAAGCGCUCUGGUAGCCCUCAUUCCCACAGCCACUCCAAGUACUCGGACCGCUCUUCCUCGCCCCGAUCCCGGCGUUCCCACCACUCCUCUUCCUCACAUUCCUCCUCUCCCACACGCAGGUCGGGCUCUGGGUCGGCUACGCAGAACUCUAAGGAUGUCAAGGAGGAGCGUUCUGCCUCCAAGGAGGUCCAGAAGAAAGGAGGAGGAGGAGGACAUGGUGAGCCCGUGGAGAACACAGGGGGGUCUGCAGGGCCUGAUGGGGGCGACAGUGGGGACAAGCCCAAGGCUAACUGGCAGGGCGUGACGGAUCACAGCAACAGCCCCAAGGGGUCAAGUCCUCAGGUGCGCUCAGCUGUUAUCAUUGGUCAGGGCGCUCCAGCUUCGACCCAGUCUAGUCCCUCUCCUAAAAGCACUAAUGCUAAUGGCCCCAAUUACAAUGGUGCCCCCUCAUGGCAGAUACAGACGGUGGGCAGUUCAUCUUCCACCAAAAGCCCUUCUCAGAAAAGCCCCACACCUGUGUUCUCUGGCUUUGGUUUCUUCUCUAAAGACAACCUGGCAGGGGAUAAAGCAGCUAUCUCUUCAGUGUUCAAAAGGUUCUUGGAAGAGCACAAUCAUAAGAAAAAGCAGUCCGGUUGGGAGAAUGGCAGAGAGAUGGAAACCAAUGGUGGGGAUGUGGAGCGGGAGAAAGGGAAUGGCAUGAAGGCCUCUGGGGGCAUCUUUGACAGAGAGCCCGACAAAGGGGAGAAUGAGAAGUACAGGGAAGACUUUGACGAUGAGGGGAAUGUGUCGUUGAACCGCUUCUUGAAAGCCUCCCCUUUCUUUUCCUGCGAUGGCGAGGAAGAGGAGUUGAUACCCAAGCCCCGUCCCAAGGUGCUCCGCAAAGAGCAUGACCGGGAGGACGACGAGUCGCCCAAGCCCAAGAGCAAAGUCACCCUCUCGGCCCGCGAGCUAUUUGAAGAGCGCUUCGGCAAGUGGGAGGACCUGGCCAACUUGCAGGCGGCUGCCAAAUAUGAUGAUCUUGAUGCCAUGGCGGAGGAGAUUUACCGCAGCCGGAAGCAGGAGAAGGCUGCGGCCAUAGCUGCGGCCCUGGCCAAGAGAGAGGCCAUUGCGGGCAUGCUCAGAGGCUUCUCCCCGGAGAACGUCAGCAAAGACAGCAGGAAGGAGAAAGCUGCCUCCAGCCCGUCCCCCACACCCGCACCAUGGAGGAUCUCUGACCGAGAGAUGUUCGUGGUCAGGGGGGAGGACUCUCCCCCAAGGGCCUCUGAGAAAAGAGGAGCGGAGUUCAGUGUCAGAAUGGAUUCUCUCAGAGAUGACAUGGCAAGCUCCUCGGGUUUUAUGGUUGGUGAGCGAAGGUCAUCACGGGAUCUUGUGCAUCCUACUAAAAAGGAGCAGAAGUUUCGCUCUGUCUUCCAGCACAUUCAGGCCACACAGUUACAAAGGAGUCCCUCAGAGCUGUUUGCACAGCACAUUGUCACCAUUGUCCACUACAUAAAAGCACAGCACUUUCCGUCCAACGGAAUGACUCUAAACGAGCGAUUUGCCAUGUACCAAAGAAGAGCUGCACAAAAGGAAAUGAUGACGCCAAGAAAGAGCCCCGAGAUACACAGGAUAAUUGAUGUUUCUCUCAGUGCUUUUAAGAAACACUCUCACCUGUUUGAGAGGAUGAAAAACUCCGGGGAUGGCAGUUACAAGGACGAAGGUAAAAAAAUUAAGGGUGACUCAAUGGACCUUCGUCUGGAUAUUGAGCGCCGUAAAAAAUAUUCCACCCGGGAGAGAGAUUAUAAACAGGAUGGGGGGAGAGAUUCAGGAGACUCCCCAGACGCUAGCAUGGAUAGGUCCGCUGAGAAAUCCUCCAAGCACCACAAGAAGUCCAACUCUUCCUCCAGGAAAAACAAGAAGAAGCAAUCUCGCUCUCGCUCCUCCUCUUCAUCUGCCGAAUCUCACAGGGGAGGAGACUAUCCCCACAAGGAGCCUGAGCUCAAAGACGAGGGCUUUAACAAGGCCAGGCUGGGGCCUCGGGGGGACUAUGGCGGCCCCACGGAGAGGGGACGAGGACGCGGAGGCUUUCAAUUUAGAAUAAGAGGAAGGGGCUGGAACAGGGGAAAUGACCAGGGAAACAAUGCUAACGGUAAUCCCCCUAACAUGGCCAUACCAGUUCACCCCAAGAAUGAGGACUUGGAUCCAGAGUACACCCCCAAGAGCCGAAAAUACUACUUGCAUGAUGUCAGGGAGGGCGAGAGGAAGUGGGUGGACAACCGAGGACGGGGGAACUUCCUGCGUGGCAGCAGGGGCCGUUUCAUUAUCCGGAAGGCCAGCGUUGGCCCACCCAACAACAAAAGCAGCCCCAAGUGGACACAUGACAAGUUCCAGGUCAACGGGGGGGAGGAGGAGGGCGAGCCCCAGGAGGAGGUAAUGGAGCAGGACCACAAAGACCAGGAGAAGUCUGAAGACAUUGAAAACACUGAGCAGUGAGGGAGAACAGGGAGAGAGAAACAUUGUCCCAGCACAGUGGCAAUGUUCUACUGUCUUAAGUCAUCUGGGUCGUGUUCAAAUGGAUGAAAACAGACUGAAACAGGGGAGGAAAGAACUACCUGGACUUGUCCAGUAACAAACAUUGUCUAAUAAGAAACUACCUGGACUUGUCCAAUAAGAAAAGACCCUGCUCUCAGCCUUUAUCCAUCACAAUGGCUGGACUUGGGAGAGAGUUACCCGUGCACAAAUACACACAUUAGGAAUCAAUCAGGACUCUCUUUGACACAAUAUCUUUAUGCAACAUUAUGUUAUACUUUUGUCAGGGUAUAGCUAACUUGUGUUUUAUCUGCUUAUAGUAGAAACACUGUUAGACAGUGAACUGCUGUGUUGGAAAAGGAACUAUACGUAACCAACCUCUGCGCUUGAUAGGUUAGCACUAUGAACAGUGCAUUGUGGCGUGUUAUGCCUCUUAGUACAGGGCUGAUGCAACAUUGCAUAACACUUUUUUUAUAUCUUGAUGCGAGAAAGUCACACCUUUUUGCAAAGCACGACGAGGAUAUUUUUGUGCCUUAGACUUGUUCAAAUAUGUCAGACACAUAUUUAUCUAAUUAAAUUACUUUUGAGGCCAAACAGAUUAAUACUAUACUAGAAUAUACACAUUUAAAUUAUUUAUUAUACAGUAGUGAUAAAUCGUACACUAUUAUCCGUCAACCGCAGAAAAUGCAGUAUACUGUUUUAGGAUUUAACAAUGUAACCUACGGAUUUAAAUACGUAGCAUUCAACUACUUAACAUUCAACUUUGUAGCAUGUUUUUGGAUUCUACCAGGGUAAAGUACAGCUAGAGGCAAUCAAGCCCUUUUUACAUGACAACUGGGACAGUUUCUAAUGGUCUAUAUGGUUUAGGCCGUAUGGUUUAUAGUGGUCUUGCUAGUCCAGCAUCUUGCAAAUGACCCCUUUGACAAUGGGACCAAUUCGGGUCAAAGGUUAUAUUCUACAGACCUGCAUUGUGGAGCGAAGCAGAUGCUCACAGUCCCCCAGAAGAGCAAACAGCAGUGGUGGAAAAAGUACCCAAUCGUCAUACUUGAGUAAAAGUAAAGAUACCUUAAUAGAAAAUGACUCAAAAAGUUGAGUCACCCAGUAUAAUUCUACUUGAGUAAAAGUCUAAAAGCAUUUGAUUUAAAAUAUUUUAAGUAUCAAAAGUUAAUUUAAAAAUAUACUUUAAAGUAUAAAUCAUUUAAAAUUCCUUAUCAAACCAGACAGCACCAUUUUCUUGUUUUUUAAUUUAUGGAUAGCCAGGGGCACACUCCAACACUCAGACAUAAUUAACAAAAGCAUGUGUUCUAUGAGUCCGCCAGAUCAGAGGCAAUAGGGUCAGGGACAUUCUCUUGAUAAGUGCGUGAAUUGGACCAUUGUCCUGUCCUGCUAAGCAUUCAAAAUGUAAAGAGUACUUUUGGGUGUCAGGGAAAAUGUGUGGAGUAAAAAGUACAUUAUUUUCUUUAGGAAUGUAGUGAAGUCCAACUUAUAAAUAGUAAAGUACAGAUACCCCAAAAAACGACUUAGGUAGUACUUUAAAGUAUUUUUCACUUAAGUACUUUACACCACUGGCAAACAGAGACUGUUAUUAAAUAAAUUGGCAUACCCUGUCUGCAAAGUCACAAUGGGCUACCUGGACGUUUGUUAUCUUGUCUAGUGUGUUGAGAAUCCUGUAUUGGUUUGUUAUAUCUUGUACAUUUCAGAACUGUUAACUUAGUCUUGGGUUGGGUGUGUACUACGUAUUAAUGUCUCACCAUUGGAAGUCUGUGCCUCAGAAAUACCUUUGCAAAGUCAUUCAUUUAACUUUUGAUUAGGCGACAAUUUGUAAUUAUUUGUAGCAAUCAAUGCUUCCUUUGUAUAUUAAGAACAUUUGGUGAUUGAUUAGAUCAUGGCACACUCAAUGCUUUGAUGUGAUAGGUUUUCUUCAUUGAAUGGGGACUUUGCCCCUUGUGUAACGUCUAUGUUAAGUUUGGAUUGCAGAGUACACUGUGUGGGGUGCAACACAGUCAACUUUAGUUAAAUAUAAAAUAUAUUUUAAGGUAUUUGGUAAUUAUUUUUGCUGUUCAAGAAAAUAUAGAAAAAGUAGACUGUUGCACUCUUUGGAUUUGUAUGUCUUGCUGUGGGAGGCACUUCUCUUUAAUAUACAUGAUAAACGUUGUGGUUGACACAUUCAUGUUCACUUUUAUGUGGUUGGGGGCAAUAACUUUUUUAAAUGGUUCCUAUAGCCAAUGUUUUUCAGAUGUAAAUUAAAAAGAACUUUGGUUAAUUUAA